AAUAUUGGUUUUAUUGUUUUUGCUGUAUACACCCCUCAAAUCCGAAAAUGCAGAGAAGCAAUUCACACUAACACGUCGCUGCACAUCUUGAAUCUCACUUCAAUCUCCUUUUUCCUCUUCCUUCACUUGAAUCUCACAUAGAAGCAUCUUCAUUGCCCCCCAUGUUGUUCAGAUUUUCAGAAAUUGUUACUCACCAUCAACCUCACAUUAACUUAAUUUUCAUCUUCUUCAACAAAAUUGUUCCAUUUUAUUUCACUUUCCAUUGAAGUUUGGAGAUUGCAAGUUUAGUUUCUAGAUCUGGAUUCAUUGAAGCUGUUGGUUGAUUUCUGAAAUAGUAUGUAUAAGAAUUUGUUAAACAUAUUUGAUUCAUACUUAAAAUGUUUUUUGAACAACCUGGUCACCAUUCAACCUAGCAUACACUUCAGUGUUCCCCAUUUUCGAUUUGCUGUUCUUCAGUAACGCACGGUCGUGCGCAAUUUUGACAUGGCCAUGUUGGUUUGCACUGGAAGAUUAGAUUCCAAGAAAUGGUUGGUAAUCGAGACUUCUCGAACCCUUCAACUCGCCGGAAUCGCUCGAUGGUCGAAUUGAGAUGAUCUCGAAUAAGAAAAAUCCAACUCCGGUUGGAUAUUUCUUCCGAUUACUCAAAAUGAAUGCGCCCGAGUGGCCUUACUCGAUAAUGGGAGCCGUUGGAUUUGUUCUUUCUGGAUUCAUUGGUCCAACUUUUGCUAUUGUUAUGAGCAAUAUGAUUGAGGUGUUUUACUAUAGAAACUAUGCAUCCAUGGAGAAGAAAACUAAGGAAUAUGUUUUCGUAUACAUCGGUGCUGGAAUUUUUGUUGUUGGUGCUUACUUGAUACAACAUUACUUUUUUAGUAUCAUGGGAGAAAAUCUCACCACAAGGGUUAGAAGAAUGAUGCUUGCAGUUGGAUGGUUCGAUGAGGAAGAGCACAACUUGAGUCUUGAAAUUGUCAUGACAGGUCCAGCAGCUGAUGCUGCUGUCUGCGCCAGUCCAAGCAAAGGUUUAGGGAGGUUUUUUGGGUUCCUGGUAGUCCGGUUUGAGGCAAGGCUAUGGCUCUGAAUUUUGAUGAUCCACAUUAGAUUUCAGAAUCAUAACUUUGGUCAUCUUUUGGGGUUCAAUGGUGUUUUUUCCUCCGUUUUUUCCGCUUGGUUGUAGGUGUGUUAUUUUUGUCGGAUGAUGUAACACUUAUAGGUGGCAUCUUGUAGUCGUUUCCUUUCUCCGCCUAUUUGCAUCUUGCAAAAGGUCGGGUUAAUAAUAUUUGUCGAUUCAACAAAAAAAAAAAUGCACUUGAUACAAUUGUAAACAAUUUGACUUUUGUGUUAUUGAUUGAGUUUUAUGCUUUGAUUUUGUGUUCUCAAAUGUACUUAUGAAAUUAUCAUUAGAGAUGCACAACACAAUGAGAUUUGGUAUCAAAUUAUGAAUAGAUGGUUAUCUGUUAUGGGGUC